CAAAGGUAGUAGGAACGUGGAAACAAACAUCUCCCUGCCAGUGUAACACGGCUGUCCUAAAACACUACUAAAGUGCCAACUUGUUUUCCUUCCACAGAAAUAUAAAAGCCAACCAACAAAGAUAGAAGAGAGAAAGCAGCGAGGAAUGCUGAGAUCUUGUGGUGAGGAAUCAAGAAUCAACACGAAACUUUAGGAAGCAAGUGUUAGUAUUAUUUGUAUAUGGGGGGUAGUGGUACAUUUGUGGAUGGCGUUCUUCGUUGGUUCCAUCGUCGUCACAACAACAACAACAGCAACAACAAUAACAAUAAUGAUGAUUCAAUCUUAACAAUUGAUCUACACAAAACCAACAAUUUACAAGAAGAAGGAUUUACCAUUACUGAAGACUUUGAUAUUACUGGUCUAAAUCUCAUCAAAGUACCCAAAAGGAUCGAUUUUCCCACCAUGGAUCCUAUCAAAAAGAAUACGUUGGAGACGGAAUUCUUUACUGAAUAUGGAGAGGCAAGUAGAUACCAAGUUCAGGAAGUAAUUGGCAAAGGCAGCUAUGGAGUUGUGGGGUCCGCUGUCGACACCCAUACCGGUGAAAAAGUUGCAAUCAAGAAAAUUAAUGAUGUGUUUGACCAUGUUUCCGAUGCUACAAGAAUCUUGAGAGAAAUCAAGCUUCUUCGGCUACUUAGGCAUCCAGAUAUUGUAGAAAUAAAGCACAUUAUGUUGCCUCCUUCUCGAAGAGAGUUUAAAGAUAUUUAUGUUGUUUUUGAAUUGAUGGAAUCAGAUCUCCAUCAGGUAAUUAAGGCCAAUAAUGAUCUUACACAUGAGCAUUAUCAGUUUUUCCUGUAUCAGCUUCUACGUGGACUAAAAUAUAUUCAUACAGCAAAUAUUUUCCACCGGGAUUUAAAGCCGAAAAAUAUUCUUGCUAAUGCUGACUGUAAGUUGAAGAUAUGUGAUUUUGGGCUUGCUCGUGUAUCUUUCAAUGAUGUGCCAUCAGCUAUUUUCUGGACUGAUUAUGUUGCAACUCGAUGGUAUCGUGCUCCUGAACUAUGUGGCUCCUUUUUCUCUAAGUAUACUCCUGCUAUUGAUAUUUGGAGCAUCGGAUGCAUAUUUGCAGAGUUGCUUUCUGGCAAACCAUUAUUUCCUGGAAAGAAUGUGGUGCAUCAAUUAGACCUAAUCACAGAUUUGCUUGGGACACCUCCACCUGAAACAGUUGCAAAGAUUAGAAAUGAAAAGGCAAGAAGAUACCUCAGUAGCAUGCGGAAGAAACAGCCGGUUCCAUUUACAAAAAAGUUUCCAAAUGCAGAUCCCUUGGCAUUACGCCUACUUGAACGACUGCUCGCAUUUGACCCUAAAGAUCGGCCAUCAGCAGAAGAGGGAUUGGCUGAUCCUUACUUCCGUGGUUUAUCAAAUGCUGAUCGUGAACCAUCUAGACCACCAAUAUCAAAGCUUGAGUUUGAAUUUGAGAAGAGGAAACUGGCAAAAGAUGAUGUUAGAGAACUCAUAUAUCGUGAGAUUUUAGAAUAUCAUCCUCAGAUGCUUCAGGAGUAUCUUUCUGGUGGGGAACAGACUAGUGGCUUUAUGUACCCAAGUGGUGUUGAUCGGUUCAAGCGACAAUUUGCACAUCUUGAGGAGCAUCAGAGUAGAGGUGAACGCAGCACUCCGCUUCAGAGACAGCAUGCUUCCUUGCCUAGAGAACGAGUUCCUGCACCAAAAGAUGACGCCUCUUCCCAAAAUAAUGAUUGUGAAAAGAGAACUGUUUCAACAACUCUUCAGAGUCCACCAGCGCUGUCUGAGGGAUCAGACCACAGUGCUCGUAGCUUGCUGAAGAGUGCUAGCAUCAGUGCUUCUAAGUGUGUGGUAGUUAAAAAAAGAAACACACAGGAAGAGCCAAUUGAAGAACAAAACGAGGAAGUUGAUGGUUUGUCUCAAGAAGUUGCCGCUCUUCAUGCUUAAUUCUCUGCAGUACCUCUUAUUAUCAGAAAGGCUCAGCAAGUUUUUGUUUGAUCUGCCGCUGUUAGAACACCACAAUAUUCAUUUUUUGGGGUUAAUGUUCUCAAUGGUGAAUCGAUCAUUCGAUAUCCUUUUCCUUCUGCGACGGAAUGGAGGAAGAUUAUGUGCUCUACCAUAUAACUACUUGACUGCGAAUCAACAUUUAAAAGUUCCACUCCUUGAUUUCAGCUAGAAGCUAACUGUAGGUUGUCAGUUCAUAUUUGUGUUUUAAGUAGUAUAGUAGGAGAGAAAAAUGCUCCAGCUAUUUGUGAAUCAGAAUCCAAAUUUUCUCCUUAGGAUAUUUGUGACUAGUUCAAAUUUGUAACGAUGUGAUAAAUAGUACUAUCUAACGUAUAGCUUUUCAUAUUA